UUAGCUAGUCGCUGGCAUUCUGGCAAUAGUAGCAGCAAAAAAAAGAAGCAACCAAAAGCAUGUGGCCGCCACCAGAUCGCGGCACGAAGAAGCGAUUCGCAUUUGAACUAUACGUACCCGCAGUACAUAUAGCAACGACGUAAACACCAGCAACAGCCAACCCCCCCGAACGGAGCCCGCGUUGAAUUGAACCGUGCGGGUGAGAAGACUUAACUCUUCCUUUCAUUUUCAUCCGCUGGCUCAUUCCGAUGCCAGCCGUAGGAAAGUACAGUCGAUUCGCGCUGUAACGUCCGACGCCCGACGAGAGUGGCGCAACUCCAAUCCUCGUUCAUCUUGGAGAUCCAAAGUACCCGUGAGGCUAUUUUCACAGGAAUACACAGUUUGACAAGGGCACAAAAGUGAAAACAAAUGUAGAAGACGGCAUCAUUGUGCGAAGGUGAAGUGCUGAAUAGUGUGACAAACAAACAAAAACGCUGACUGACGCGGAGAAAUCAUAUCUCCCCAUACCAAAAGGGGCUAGUGGUAACCCGGAUCCUUGGAGAAUCCUGACAAAUAGAAUAAUCAUUGGAAGACAGCCGAGAUGGAAUCAAUUUCGAAAACGUUUCUGUUGACAGCUCUUGUUUUUACAACUGCAAUCAUCAGUAACGAUGGCCAAUUCCUGCCCGGACCGCGGUACAGUUUAGACAACAUGCCUAAAACCAGUUUUUCUUGUCGGGAUAAAAUCCUCGGUGGAUACUAUGCUGACUCAGAAACUCAGUGUCAAAUGUUCCACGUGUGUGUCAAAGUAGCUGGUGUUGGUGUGCAAGACUUCAGAUUUCUUUGCCCCAACGGCACGGCUUUCGAUCAGGAAGCUCAAAUAUGUGCCGAUUGGGGCGACGUCGACUGUGAAGCAGCCACACUCUACUACGGCAGUAACAACUUCGAUCUGUACCGGAUUGGGUCAGGCUUCGAAAGUAAGCGAGCACCUUACGCUGAGGAGGAAGAAGAAGCAACCUUCCAUCUGCAGAGGGCCGAAACAAGCGACACUAGGCGUAGCAAGCAGUAUAUAGUGAAUCAAAGCUCAAAGCCACAAGGACCCCCUGUACACAAUCCAAACCAGUUCCACUCAGCGCAAAAGCCGCAAUAUCGUCCGCCUCCGGUCCAAACCACAACGACUACCACCAGUACCACACCAAAGCCUUCCCCGACGUCAUCUUCGAGCGCAAAUGAAGACUAUUACAACAAUCAGUACCAGAAGCAAAUACAGCAGAAACAUCUUCAGCAUAAACAGCAACAGCUAAUCUACAAUCAACAGCAACAGAUUCAGCAGCAACAAUAUCGGCAGCUAACGGCAGCCGCUGCAACCGCCACCCCGGCGGAACGACGCCAACAGGAUGAAAUCCGUUCUACAACCCCAACCAAUUUUGCAAACAAUCAGAAACCACAACAGCAGCGAAACGAUCACAAUGAAGAAAUCUUGCGUGGAUCGCACAGCUCACAUUUCUUCAACAACCGCAACAACGGAAAAGAAGAUACCGAAGAUGAUUUCGUCCGAAAGUCUCCUAGCAGCACUGCUGACCCAAGGACAACCGUCCGACCGCUGCAAACUGCUUCCGCCAACACUACCAGAACACAACACAGAGGUCGCAACCGUGGCAGAGGAACUGUUCGAGCACACAAUUUAAACAUUGUGCGGAAUGAAGUCAAACCGACACAACCGAGACAGACUCACCUCCAGUCAACCACUCCCGAAGAUUUUGUAGAUGUAGCGAAAAUUCCAAACUACAGCAAACCAAACAAUAAUUUCCGACAACAGCCUACAACGGUUUUACAACCGCACAAUAGCAACCAAAUCAAUUUUGGACAACCUGCGGCAUCCACGCCUGCUCCGUUCUCUCGGGGACGGUCGAAUCAAAACGUUGGCACCAACCACAGUACUAAUGCCUUCUUCCACAAGCAACAAACCAACACCACACCAAAACAAACCCCAGUACAGAGCUUCCAGCAAUAUCAAACAACCCCCUCCGCAACGCAUCAACAGCAAUACCAAACGUCAACCAACAAACCUAUUCCAAGUGCAGCAAGUCGUACGAAUGAACAGUUCAAAAACAAUAACAAUCAACAACAGAUAUCCCACAGAACUCUGCAGAACCCAGCUACAACCACACAUGUUCCAAAUAUUAACUUCCAGUUCUUCAACCGUAACCAACCCAAUGAUUUGCGACCAUCAACUACUUCGACUACUACUGCAGCACCACCCCAGAACUUCAACAGAGUGACACAAGCACCGCAGUUCUACAAUACAGGUUUCGAGCACAAGGCCACUGAACGAACCAUCUUCGAAUCCACUACUGCAAAUGUGGACCCUCAACGAAGCCGAGCUCAGCCACGCGUUUACAACGUAGACCCAGGUCGCCUUAGUCAGUUCAAUUAUAACGAGUACCAGGGAAGUCGAGCUAGUGUCACAACCACUACGACAGCUGCCACGACAACUACUGCUUCGGAGAAUGUAACCCCAUCGACAUACAAUCCACUCAGUUACCGACCUCAACAGCAACAGAUACGACUCCAUCCACAAUCAUUAAAUCUGAAUCCUUUUGAUCCACGAACAACUGCUGCUGCACCAAUUAGUACUACUACUACUACUACUACUACCACUACAACGCAGCGUCCUGUAACUAACGAACGAUACCAGAUCAUAUCGCGUAGCGCAAGCGAUAGCCACACUCCCUCGACGAUCAAGAAAUUCUCCACCCUAGUACCAAAGGACCAGUACAAUCCAACCACUUUUAAACCGAAUGCUUUCAGCAAAAAGGCUCUCCUUCAGUUUAUUGUUCAAAAGCCCGAAAAACCUCAGGAAAAAGCUAUCCCAGCUCCCGUGAAAAGCACACUAUAUAUCCCGACUGUUCCCCCGGUAUCAACAACAACAACCACUACUACUACUACAACCACACCUGCACCAGCGUCACGAAGACAGUCCACCACAUUCUUCCAGCAACCUCAACGGCCAAUCGAAACCACCACAACUACCCAGCGAUCUACAGAUCCCAACGAAGACGACGGUCAGUACCAUCCUGAGCUGUACGAAAAAGAUUUCUAUCGAAACCGUGUCAGGGCCAAGUUCAACCAGGAGCGCAAACAAAAUCAGGACCCCCUGUCAGCUACCCGCAACAACUACUUCCAGCAGUCCACUCCCGUUUCCCAAUCGCUAUCCGCAAGCGACGAAGAUGAAAUAUUCCGAACGGCCCACUCCCAGAACAUUGCAGCCAGUGGAAAUGAUCUGAUCCUGGAGCGGGCGCGUCAAGCCGCUGUCAAAAUUAACGAAUUCCUAUCGUCCUCUUCGGUCAAACCAACGGUGCCGGCGCCUACCAAGAAGUCUUCUCAGACAUCACCAAACAAUCAACGGGUGAAUCCAAGGCCUUUCUCCAAGGCUCCUACGAUCUCUCCGCAUGCGACCAGCACCAAAAGACCAUCGGACGAUAAGGACGAAUAUGACUAUGCCUACUACGAUACGGGUAGUCCAGACGUUCCGGAAUAUGACGUCAUUGAGGAGUUUGGGCGGACAGGCAAGAAGAGCAACUAGAGCAACCGUUUGGAGCGGGUGGAUAGCGCUAACGAAACCUGUGUGUGGAGGGGAGGGAUAGAGAGAGGGAGCGCGCUGAAUGAAGCUGUAUAGAUUUUAAAUUAACUUAAAUUAGUUCUUUUAAAUGCGCUUUUUCGGUGCGCUUCGCAAGAACUUUGAGAGAAAAAUGCAAUUCCGGAUUGCAAACAACAAACUGCCAUUAUUGUGAUUAUCAGUGUUUUUCUACAGAUUACUGUUUUUGUGUUAUGCUGCAUUCAUUUUCGCGGUGGGAAUGCCGAAUAACACAUCAUUGCGCAGGGCGACAAAAAGGGGUGACGAGAGGGCGACUAGAACCAUUACCAACAAAGCCAGUAUUCCUUCAAGAUUGUUCAGUUACCAUCAUCUUUAUACUUCAGAUUAAGCUAGCUUUCAUCGAUUAUGUCCUGUAGACUCAACAUUAAAUUAUUAUUGUAGCGAGAAUUAUUUGUGGUUAGCAGAACAUACUCAGAAUUCUACCCUGUUGUUCUACAAAACUAUCUUUAUUUCUAUCGGUUUCUAUCACUCUAAAUGAAACGAAGCGAUUGUAAAUAUAUUUUUCCUUCGAAAUCAAAUUGUACGAUAUAAAAGUGAAUAAAAACGAAUACUAAAACCAAA